GAGGAAGGCGGUUUCUAUUUGUACCCUUGUAUUUAGUGGCAGCGGCUUUAAGCAGGAGGACUGCCGGGGGACAGAAGUGACCAGGAGAGGGGCCGGGGUGGACGAGCGCUACUGCUCAGCACACACACACACACACACACACACACACACACACACACACACACACACGUACACACACACGUACACACACACACACACACACACACACGUACACACACACACGUACACGCAUACACGCACGCACACACGCAACUCAGGCCUGCUGACUGCACUGGGGAACUGGGAAGGGAAGCAGAGCCUGGCAGCCUCCGGGUGGCCCGGCGCCACCAAGCCUGCGCUUUCCGGUUCAGGAAGCCAGGUAGGGGGCGCGGGCGGCCAGCAGCUCCGCCGGCUGCAGCACUCCUCCUCCCGCUCCUCCCGCUGCUCCCGCCGCCAGCGCCCGGCACUGGUCACCCAGCUCCCGCGCCCAGCGCCCCGCGCCCCGCUCCCGCGCCCCCGCGGCUCUCGCUUUUGCAGCCGGCCGGGAAGAUGCUGCAGUCGCUGGCCGGCAGCUCGUGCGUGCGCCUGGUGGAGCGGCACCGCUCGGCCUGGUGCUUCGGCCUGCUGGUGCUGGGCUACCUGCUGUACCUGGUGUUUGGCGCCGUGGUCUUCUCGUCCGUGGAGCUGCCCUACGAGGACCUGCUGCGCCAGGAGCUGCGCAAGCUCACGCGGCGCUUCCUGGACGAGCACGCCUGCCUGUCCGAGCCGCAGCUCGAGCGCUUCCUGAGCCGCGUGCUGGAGGCCAGCAACUACGGGGUGUCGGUGCUCAGCAACGCCUCGGGGAACUGGAACUGGGACUUCACGUCCGCGCUCUUCUUCGCCAGCACGGUGCUGUCCACCACAGGCUACGGGCACACGGUGCCCUUGUCAGACGGGGGCAAGGCCUUCUGCAUCGUCUAUUCGGUCAUCGGCAUCCCGUUCACGCUGCUCUUCCUGACGGCGGUGGUCCAGCGCGUCACCGUGCACGUCACCCACAGGCCCGUGCUGCACUUCCACGUCCGCUGGGGCUUCUCCAAGCAGGUGGUGGCCGUGGCGCACGCCGUCCUGCUGGGGCUGCUCACGGUGUCCUGCUUCUUCUUCAUCCCGGCCGCCGUGUUCUCGGUGCUGGAGGAAGACUGGAACUUCCUGGAGUCCUUCUACUUCUGCUUCAUCUCCCUGAGCACCAUCGGCCUGGGGGACUAUGUCCCGGGGGAGGGCUACAACCAGAAGUUCCGGGAGCUGUACAAGAUCGGCAUCACGUGUUACCUCCUCCUGGGACUCAUCGCCAUGCUGGUCGUCCUGGAGACCUUCUGUGAACUCCACGAGCUGAAGAAGUUCAGGAAAAUGUUCUACGUGAAGAAGGACAAGGACGAAGACCAGGUUCACAUCAUGGAGCACGACCAGCUCUCCUUCUCCUCCAUCACGGAGCAGGCGGCCGGCCUGAAGGAGGAUCAGAAGCAAAGUGAGCCCUUCGUGGCCUCCCAGUCCCCGCCCUACGAGGACGGCCCUGCCAGCCAGUGAGCGGCCACCAGGUGACUGGCCGGUUCUCACUGGAGAUGACCCCAAGAGGACGCUAUUCUAAGAAGUAUCUGCUGUUAACACUAUUUCAAAACACGGCUUUGGGUUCUCGGGAUGGGUGCCUAACCCACUGCGAAUGAGGUGUGCACCUGUGACCCACGGAGACGCCAUCACCGGGACGUCACACACUGGGACGGACACUUGAAGCAGUGCCCUGCGGCGGAUGGAGGCAGAUUUUAUAGGUGACUGGGGAGCCUGGGUUUGCAUCCAGCCAUUUUGCUGAAGCUAAAUAGCAACAUUUAUAUUUAAAACAGACAAAAACUAUAGAGAUGUAUUUUAUACAUAGGCUUCGGUGUCCUGCCUUGCAUGUGUCUGUCCAAAAUGAUUAUUUUUGUAGAGUCUAAACCAAGUCUGUUUAUAAUGUGCACACAGGACAUAGAAAUGUUUAUAUCCUGUGUGUGUAGGCCAGCAGAGCUCCCUAGACUUCGUAAGCCAAGAUAAGGACGCGGAAUUGCCAGCACGCUAGGAGGCAUCACAAACUCAAGAGAAACUCCGCAUGCUCUUCUGUGGCCGUGUACGGCUCUACCCUCUCAGGGUGGUGUGGGACCAGAUGGCCAGCGAGGAGGCGAGAGUGUCCGGAAGGCACACACUGUUCGUACCCACCUCACACUAAAGCACAGCACACCAGGGCAGCGCCCCGAAGGACGGGUUAUGUCAGGCUAAGCCGAGGAGUCUCCGCUUAGAGCUGAAAUCAAUAAAGUCACGGCAGGCUGCGG